AAGAGUAGAGGCGAAAUGCUUGAGCACUGGAUUUUAGCUAUGGUUGUUCUCCUUACACCUUUUCAUCCAGAACUUACCGAAUCCUCUUUAUUCUGUUACUGUGGGAAAAGCUGUCUCGACAAAGCUGCAAAAAUGCAAAUAAAAAGAGUGUAUAAAAACACGACAGCUAUUAUCCCCUGCCCGCACCUGGAAGAGGAUGAAGAACUCGAAUUUGUCAGUCUGUACAAAGAAGACACCGAGCUGCACUCCGCAGACAUGAAAAACAUGAGUGACAAAUCAGAGGGGAUGUAUAUGGUGUCCAAACAAAACAACACUGUCUCAUAUAUCAUUAAGGAGACUAUAUCUAACAAUACAGGAAUCUAUAACUGCACAAUCCAAACUCAGCUCAGAUUAAAGAACAGCACAACCACCAUACUGCUUAUUAAAGAUGCUGAGGAGCCUACAGAAGAGACCUUUCAUUGUCUAACACUGACACUUUAUAUCAUUGGUGGGGUGAUUAUUACAUACAACCUGGUAAUCACAGUCAUUGCCUUUGUCCUCGGAUAUAAACUCAAGAACAAGGAGCCACCUGAGAAUACCUACAUGAACACAAGACCUGCAGGAUUCAGGCGCAGAUAAAACCAGCAUCCAGAGACCUUACUUACAGUAGCAAUACAUAACAUCUGUGCAAGCUCUGGGUUAUCCUUUAACUGUGCUGGACAUCACAUGGGUAGCACUGGCUAUUCAAGCCAAAAAGAGCUAUUGCAUGAUGUCUUUUUAUGUUGAAACACUAUGACACACUCUGACUUUAAUGGAAACAUGUGUUUCAUUGCUGUAAAUGUCUUUCGCUCCUGCAUUUCUUCAAAGCAAGUGUAUUAAAAUUUUGUGAUUUUUUUUUUUAAUUCAGACAAAAUUGUUACAUUUUCAUGUGUAAGCCACUUUGGAUAAAAGGUAUAAUUAAUAUGUGAUCUGUGAAAUUCAAACUAAAUUCUCAUAAUUAAAGUUUGAUUUUAAUUAUUAAUUUCAAUCUUUGACAUUACCUUAUUUAGUCAAUAUUAAAGAUAUCAAUAUUAUAUUUUUACAGAAUGUUCUUUACAUUAUGUAAAUCAAAAAAAUUACUUCAGCUGGGUUAAAAGCAGGGUCACAAGUGUAAAUUUCACUGGUGGUCUUCAUCGGAAAAGCAAGCAAUUUAUAUUUGAUCCCCCCAUAAUUUUAGGAGAGUAAAUAAAAAUAUGUAUUUGAUAAAAACAUUGAGUUGAUUUUAACCAAAACAAUGCAGAAACUGAAACAUUGUUUCAUUGUAAUACACACGUUCUAAUAUAUUAGGUAAAAUCUGCACUGUACAU